AUGGGGAGCAGCGGCGUCGACCCUCUGCUGCUCGGGAAUUCGACCGAUCGGCCGCCCGAUCCUCCAGCAGGGAUCGGCUGGCUCAAUGAUCGCGCCAACAACAGCAGCGGCAACGACACCCUGCUACUGUCGGACGGGGCGGCGGAGGACGGCUACUCGGCCGGCAUGAUCUCGGACCUCUUCGUGUUCGACGAUCUCAACGGCUACAUAAGCAAGCUGAACUUUAGCGCCCUCGCGAACUUGACCUCGUACUACGACGGGGACUUUGGGAACUCGAGUGUCGCGGGGACCGGGUACAAUUGCACGGGCGGAGCCAACGAGACGCUCGGGUACUACAAUUACACGGAGUGCGGGCCGUUGGCGCCGAGUGCCAAGGACGACUCGAAGAGCUGGUGGGCCCUGAUACUUGUCGUCGUGCCGUGUCUCACGAUAUUUGGAAAUGUGCUCGUUAUACUGGCCGUCAAGAGGGAGAGGACCCUGCAGACCGUCACCAACUACUUCAUCGUCAGCCUCGCGGUUGCCGAUCUCCUCGUCGCCAUGGUCGUCAUGCCCUUUGCCGUUUACGUUCUGGUAAACGGCACGUGGAAUCUACCAGCAGUAGUUUGUGACUUCUACAUCGCCAUGGAUGUCAUGUGCAGCACUAGUUCGAUUUUUAAUUUAGUAGCAAUAUCAGUAGACAGAUAUUUUGCUGUCACGCGGCCUAUAGAGUACGCGAAGCACAAAAACAACCGUAGAGUAUGGCUGACAAUAAUGCUGGUGUGGUUCGUGUCAGCAGCAAUCGGUAGUCCAAUCGUUCUUGGAUUGAACAAUACACCCGACCGCCAGCCCGAGCUCUGCCUAUUCUACCACACGGACUUCAUCAUUUACUCAAGCCUAAGCAGUUUUUAUAUACCUUGUAUAACUAUGGUUAUUCUUUACUAUAGGAUAUUUAGCGCACUUCGAAACAGGGAAAAAAAGAAACGUGCCGAACGCAAGACUAAAACGGGAGAUAUCAAGUCUGGCUGUGUCAUAGAAAAUAUAGCAAAUACGAGGAGGUUCGCGGAGACGGCUUUGGGCGCGAUGGCUUUGGUAGCACCUAACAUCGAGGAGCCAACGAAUACAGCAUCUGGCAGUAACGAGGACGAGGACGAAACUCCCAUCGAUCCCGUUGUCAUCAUCUCCAACGACAAGAGCGCCGAGUUUUUUCUUGCCACUGUCGUAGAGGAUGCGUAAUCCUCAGGCUCACGCUUCAAUCUGCGCAAGGCGAACAAGACGAGCAAAAAGAAGGGCGACAAGCUUGCCUCGCGAAAGGAAAGAAAAGCCACCAAGACUCUCGCUAUUGUUCUAGGUGUAUUCCUGAUUUGCUGGGUGCCGUUCUUCACGUGCAACACCAUGGAUGCCUUAUGCUCCAAGAUGAAAAAGGACUGUCAGCCCGGGGUCGCGGCUUUCAUAGUGACUUCCUGGCUCGGGUACAUGAACAGUUUCGUCAACCCAGUCAUCUACACCCUUUUCAAUCCAGAAUUUCGCAAAGCCUUCCGCAAACUCAUCAGCUCCUAGGUUGAGGGAUGAGCUCCGCCAUUCAGUGUAAAUCACCAACCACACUCUGAGACUUUGCACCAUCAUCGUCCGCGU